ACUUCAGGUCCAAUUUUUUUUUCGUGUUAUGUGCCAAGCACCUCUGAGACGAGUACCCCUUGGCAGUUAUAACUUCUCACACCAAUCAGCGACCACUCCCAUGAAGCGCUUUUGAUGCCAUUAUGAUUAUCCUCACUGCUUUCAAGACGGCGGUGCAAAGAUUGUUGCCAAGGACUAAUCAAUAUGAAUGACAGGCCUUCAUGAUUUGCACAGGGUAUGUAGUAAGGAACUCAUUCAUCUUUUCCGAGUUUCCUCCAAAACGUACACCCUUUUUCUUUUCUCCGUGACAUACUCUAUGCGUCUCGUUCAGCUGGAAGGGCGCAGGAUCGCCCGUUUUCUGCAACGGCGCGAUUCUAGCACUAGCACUUCCCUUACACCUUCUGCACCUUCAAGUUCACCUGCUAUCCCUGAAGGACCUGAGUUGACACUUUCACCAACAACAACGCCCGUAGGCACUUCAAAGGGUUUCCCUGCUUCAAGUCAAACUCUUGCCAUUGCACUUUCAAUCAUUGGGUUUAUCGUCCUCGGCAUCGCGUUCUGGCGCAUACGAAUGCGAAGAAUGAAAUCCGUUAAGGCUGCCGCCAACGUUGCUGAUGAAGGAGAUAUAGAACGACAGAAAGACAAAUGGCUUGCACCGUCUGCAACUGCUCCCCUAGCUCUUAACACCGUCGUGGCACCUGCCGGUGUUGGCUGGGCACCCCAGUUUCGCUCGAUCAGCGGUCCUGAGUAUGUAAGAGAAGCUGCCAAAGAGUCUAAAUCUCCCCCUCCCAAGCGCUCGCGUUCUCCGCUGCCAUCUCUCGUCUCUAAACCAUCUCAAGAUCCCUUUGCUGACCCCCGACCCACGUCUGCUCCUCCAAAUUCACCCGGGAUUCGCGAAGCGGACCACGCCAUCUCCUCUCCGUUAUCCCCUCAACCCUAUGCUCUUUCCGUCAGUGGAUAUCAGGUUAGAGGUCUCUGGACGAAGGAACAGGGAACACGGGAUUGGGAUGUUUGAGUUACUGCAACUUUUGAAUGACCAUGAUGAUUCAGGACAGAACUGCUUACGAUACCACAGAUUCAGCGAGAUCCCACUACAGUCCACUAGGUACAAGCUCUGGUUCUAGGUAUUAGGUAUUUCCCUUUUUUAAUUUUUCGGAGACAUGGAAACCUCACCGCAUAAGCUCAUGGCAAUGCGUAUCCCACUCCUUUUUACAUAAAGCCUUGAUUUAUUAAGUUAUAUAUAUGAUUGAUCCGCUCCGCGUUAUUGCUACCAAGCAAAUUCAGCAAUCUCGUUGUCGAUACCACUGCUCCCUCCUAUUCCAGCGCUGCACAAGCCAUGUGCACUCAAUAAGCACCUCCACCGCAUCUCUAAAUCACCCAUAGCGCGUUGCCUGCAUUGUAACGCACAAACGCUUCCCAUCGUCACUACUCGAUUGAGAAAUGGAGGAUAGACAGCAAUCACCAGGCCACCACGUCUUGAUUCAUCGUCUCAUU